AUGAAGUUCUUGACAACCGCAGCAGCGGUUACGACGGUUCUCUUUGCGCUCGCCAGCGCAAGCAGCGAUAUGGAACGCUCCGCUAGCCCUGCGCGUCGUGGGGUGGCGAGCAACGACUUUAUCCACGUCGACGGGAUGCGGCUCAAGGAUUCGUCGGGCUCGCUGCACUAUCUGACGGGCAUCAACUACUGGGCGUGCAUGAACCUGGCGGCGGAUGCGGAUGCGGGUGGGUCGUACAAGCGCUUCAUCACGGAGCUCGACCAGAUGGCCGCGGCGGGCAUCAACCACCUGCGCAUCAUGGCGGGCUCGGAAGGCGCCCCGACCGAACAGCCGUUCCGCAUGGAUCCCCCGCUGCAGCCGUCGCCGGGCCAGUACAAUGAAAAGAUCUUUGUGGGUCUGGACAGGUGUCUGGCCGAGAUGGAAAAGCGUGGCAUGCGCGCGACCAUGACGCUCAACGAUCAGUGGCAGUGGUCCGGUGGCUUCGCCCAGUACGUCAGCUGGGCCAAUGGAAACGAAAGGUACGCCUAUCCGCCCUCGUGGAACUUUACUGCGCCGCCGCAGCGGUCCGGUACACCCGGGCGUGGGUGGGGGAACUACACGACUACCGGCAGCUUUAACGAGUACGCUGCGUAUGGCAACCGCAUCUAUACCGAUAGGAAUGCAGAGCGCAUGUUCAAGGCGCACAUCUCGCGCGUCGUCAACCGGCGCAAUACCGUCAACGGCCGCGUGUACAAAGAUGACCCGACCAUCAUGACGUGGCAGCUGGCCAACGAGCCCCAGCCCCAGAACCAGGCAUCCUACCUGGGUCCGUAUGAGCUGCAGUAUGCGCCCAAUCCGUCCGAUCCGCUGCUGGGCUGGGUCGACCGCAUCUCGACCUACAUCCGCUCGCUCGCACCGCGUCAGCUCAUCUCGGCGGGCUUCGAGGGCAAGCAGGGCGAGUGGUACUGGAAAGCCGUUCACCGGCCCAAGAACAUCGACUACGGCACCGCCCACUGCUGGGUGCAGAACUGGGGCGUAUACGACAUGCUCAACUCGUCGCGCGCGAAUCUGGAGGCGGCCAAGGCGUUUGCCACCGAGUUUGUCGGCAAUACGUCCAGGUGGGCCAACGAGAUCCGCAAGCCCGUCUUCCUCGAGGAGUUCGGCAUGGCGCGCGACAAUUGGCAGAACAACGUCGCGGCGGGCGAGUACCAGUACGCCACCAAGGCGUCGACGAACAACAAGGACGAGUACUACAAGCACAUCAUCGGGCUCGCGCUGGACAGCUUCAAGAGCAAGCAGGGUGGUUAUGUGGGCACCUCGCCCUGGGCCUAUGGAGGUGUGUACAGGCCCGAAACGCAGCAGCAGAACAAGUUCGGCAUGUGGUGGGCGGGUGACCCCCCGCACGAGGCGCCGGGUUGGUACGAUGUCUACGAUAGCGACAAGGCCGUCGCCAUCAUCACGGCGCAGAAGAAGCAGGCCGACAGCUUCAUUGCUGGUCGAAAGUGA